AAGAAGAAGAAGAAGCGCGGGCGUGUAAACGUUAGUACGAUAGUUGCUGGUUUGGGUGUUCGUGUGGUGUUUAGAAUGGUGUUAAAGUGUGCGUUUCCUGGAUGCCCGAACCGUGAAAAACCAGCGGAAAUUCGUCAAAGUUUAUUACCAAGGUCGUCAGGUGAAAUGCUUUCUUUUCACAAUUUCCCUUUAAAUGAUGGUGAGCGACUGACAUCGUGGCUGUUGGCUGUUGAGCGCGAUGUUGAUUUACCGAUUCGAUACGCCAAGCAAAUGAGAGUGUGCAGUGAACAUUUCUCACUAGACGACUUUAAACCUUUAAAUGGAACACGACGGUUCCUGAAAGCAACAGCUGUGCCCAUCCUCAAACCUCGGGUUCAGUCUGGUUUCUUUAAAUCAUUCACAAUUUCAGCAGAAACCAGCAGAAAUAGAGAUAAAGCUGGAGGAGUUGAACUGAAGCAAGAGGAGGAAUCUACUGAUCCAACCUCUACGGAGUCUCUGGAUUCUGUGAGUAACGCAGGAGGACGGCGGCGGAUCCUGCAGAGGAUGAUUGUGAAGAUAUGUUCAGUCGAUCUGAUUGAGAUAAGAAAACCAACAGCAGAAGAACAGUUUGAGGAAGAAGACGAUUGUGAAGAUGAUGAUGCUGACAGUGUUGAUUUUUGUUUUGUUAAAGAUACGGAUGAUGAGGAUUUUCUUCCUUCAGGGCUAUGGGUGUCUCGUGAAUGGCUCUCCAAUGUUCAAGUCUUACCUUUCAGCCAGACGAUACGAAAGUAGCUGCUCGCAUCUCUGCAUGCCUGAUUGUGAUAUUUCACUCUGGAUGAAGGAACAUCACUUUCAACUGAACCUUGCCAAGACGGAACUGGUUGUGAUAUCGGCUGACACAAAGAUUCAUCACAACCUUUCCAUUCAACUAGGUUCAUCAACUGUUACACUUCCAGGACAGCCGGGAACCUUGGAGUUGUAACUGGAAAUUAGAUGCCAGCAGCGAUUCCCUUUCUGAUGGAGAAGUGGCCUCUACAUCAGAAGAGCACAAAUGGGAGUUUCACUGUGAGCAGUGUGGGAAGGAUUUCUUCUCCGCUAAUAAGCUGA